AACGAAAACCCUUUCGAUUUCGAGUGGCCGCCUGGACCAAUCGACCUGACUACAUCUUUGUUCUUGCAAUAUGAGCUCCGCCGGCGGGCAGGAGGAUUCCACCGCCACCGGCGGCAACCGCCGAAUCGAUGAGCUCCACCAGGUACCCAAUUCAUCCAACGAAGUAGUACUAGAAUCUGGUCCUUAUCUUCCUUCCGAUGCUGUGAUGGGCAUUCUGUCCAAGCUACCCGCGAAAACCCUAUUCCGUUUCAAAUCCGUUUGCACGAACUGGGACGCCAUGGUUCCGUCCAACCCACACCUCGUAUCUACGCACCUCAGAAACUACACCAGGACCUCCCUCUUGUGCACCUACCGUGAUUUAGGUAACGGCGGCGGCGGCGGUGAAGUCCCGAAAUCGGUCUUGCUCCACCCCGACGACAACGUCGACGAUUCUCCAAGACCGAUCGAUUGGGACGACCAAUUGCUCGAUGAAGCCAUCUGUGGUGCAGGCAAUGGUCUGAUUCUCCUCGGAAGCCCAUAUCGACACCAUAAUCCCAAUUACCGGCUUUUGAACCUGGCGACUGGCCAGAUCCGACUUCUUCCCAACCCUAGCCCUGGCCUCAAGGAACGACGAUCCGAUUUCCCUGACCACUGUGGAGUCGGGCUCGAUUUAGCUGCCGAUGAUGUCAAAGUCGUCGUGAUUCGCAGCGGUGCUCGUUCUCACCGCGACCCUCCAACUACAGUUUUCGUGUAUACAUGGCGGAGCAACCUUUGGAGAAAGUUGGCACCAGGAAGCCACUCCUGUGGAGUAGUGGGAACAUUCACCCCGGCGUUCGAUUGUCAUCUUCACUCCAACGGGUUCUUCUACUGGCUCUUUUCGAACGACUGGAAAUCUGGUGACAGUUAUGUGAUGGCAUUUGAUAUGAGCAACGACAUUCUCCACAGGAUAGACUGCCCGCUCUCUGGGCUCGGUAGCCUCGGCGGAACCUCUCGUGGUGGUGGUGAUUCGGUGGCUUUGAUUCCGUUGUACAUGGAUUCGGCUGAUGACAUGUGGUUGCUGAGUAGGGAUGACGACGGUGGUGGGGCGUGGUGCUGGAUCAAGCAACAUUCAACUGGACGGCAUUUCCCUACUACGCUCGUUGUGCGUGGAUUGUGGAAGGAUGAUCGGAUUAUGACCGACCUCGAUGACCAGCUCGUGCUGUAUGAUACUGUCAAUCACAAAUACAGAGUUCUGGUGGACAAGCCGCCGGGGCGAUUACAUGUUUACAGAGAAAGAUUGAGCCUGUCGAUCGCGAAAUGAUCGUUUCUUUUUGAAUCGUUGAGACAUGUAUUUGUCACAUCGAACUAGCUAUAGUGCGUGUAUCUAUUAACUUUUUGUGUCUGUGGCUAGCUAGUGCAGAUUGCAUCGCAUACAUGGAAAAAGUUCUUCUCGCUACGACUCAAUGAUCUCUGUUUCUGAAAUUGUCAUCCACUGAGGGAACUCUUGCAAAGCUUGAGCAUUUCAUAGGACUCUUGGUGUCUUUGGGCUUGUUUUUCAGCAUUGUUUCUUACAUUUGUGAGUUAUUGAUGCAGGGAGAGAAGGAGUUGGCUGAUCUUAGAACUGAAAGGGAGGUAGUGAGUAAAGUUUUUGUAGAGGAGAAGGUGAGACUUACUAAGCUGAUUGAGGAUCAAUGUAACUUACUUCUAAAACCUGACUUUGAACUCAGCAGCAUAAAUAGUUCAUAUCUUACUUGUAGAUCAUAUGCAAGACAACUGCUGUGCUAAGAUCUUAUUAUCAUAUCUAUACUUGUCCCAGUUCAUUUAGGCUAUCAGUUUAACUCACACUUAUCAUUAGAGAUUCAUAACUCCCAUCAGUAGAGGAAAUGAUUACAUCCCCAACUCCAUUAUUACACCCUCAACUCCACACAUCAUCCUUUUAUUCAACUUCCCCUCUUAUUCAUUAACCACGGCUCUAAUUGUUAGCCUUCUUGCGGUAGGUACAGACGUAGGAAUUGCCCUGCCACCCACAGAGUUUGUUGUUUCCCUUCAUGACUUCGCGGCUAAACGAGCUGUCUCCCUGUUGUAUCUUCCUUGCCUUCUUGAUGUUGUCGCUCGGAGAAGUAGUACUGCUGCAGCCAUGAUCGUCGACAUGAUCCUUCUUGUGGUGGGAAUCGUCGGCUUUCACGCAGCGUGUAACGUUGUUGCCUCUCAGGGCUUCGUAGCUGAUGUACCUGUCUCUCUGCCGUGGCUUCCUUGUCGUCUCCGUGACGUUGUUGUUGUGGAUGACCGGAGAAGUGCAGCCGACAUGAUGGUGGUGGUGAGCGGUACUUGUGGGUGGUGAUGAAUAUUCGUGGUCGGCCGCUGCCAUGGUUGUGGCUAAGGCGACGAGAAUGGAGGCGAUGAGGAGGCGGUAAUGGUUGUGGGAAGCCAUUAUUGUGGGUUUGUGUUUGUGAAUGUGAUGAUGAGUGAUG